UUCAUUCAUUUGCUUCAAUCUGAGUAAAUUGGGGUUGUGUACAUGACUUCAGCUCAAAUUCAUUCCUUUCCACACCGACAGACUCUUUCCUCCAUUCCUUGCUUUCUACACAGAGGAAAUCAAAAUCCCACCACUGGUUUUCUGCAGAUGCUUCAGAUUGGUUUGAGGGUCACCACCACCACCACCACCACCACCAUAACCCUUGUUUCUUUGCUCGCUUCCUUAGCUAUCACGGUCGGACCUCAUUCAGAAUAGACUAUUUUGCGGGAGUUUUGUUGGUAUCAGAUGAGUAAUAUGUGUCAUGUUUGUGAUGCAAAGUUGACAAAUUCGAGGGAGGACAAGGAUAAACACAAGAAUGAGAAUUCACUAAAAUUAAAUGGAGAUCCCAUUAGUUCUUGUAAAUUGUGUGGGCAGAAGCACCAUCAAGAAGCAUUAAAAUGGGAUGAUUUGAGUUCUUAUCCUUCACGGAUAUCAAGUCCACCAAUUUCAUUGACAAGCAGUGAUAGUACCGUCUCAAGCUGCAGUGAAUUUUCAGUUGAUAUAAAUUCAUAUGGAAGGGUUAAUCAAGAUGAAAGUACUGCAGAAAGCAGAACUGAGGAUGCUAGUUCUAGUCUAAAUGGACAUUUGCAGAACUCAAACAUGGCAACUCAAGCAGAUGGAAUUGAUAGAUCCAACACACUAAUAGAAAACAGCCUUAAGAAUAAUGGACACAUGGGAAGAGAUGUGGAAAUCAGCGGAACUAAUGAUGGUCAAGAAGGAAGAGAUACUGGUGUUUUUAAAACUAAUGGAUUCUCCAAAGUAGGAACUGAUAUUUCUUAUGAUAAUGAGAAGGAUGCCAUAAUUUGGGAACCCCCGGAACCAGAGGAUGACAUGGAGUGUAGCAUGGCUAAUAGUGAUGACGACGAUGAGUUUGGUGAUGGUACGAAAUGGGGAGAGCCAAGUUCCUUGUGUAGCUUUGGAGAAGAAGGCAGCGGGAGCUACAAGUUUAGGGAUGAAAAACAAAAGGCAAUGGAA